CUCCCUUGUCUUCUCCGAACGGAAAGCAAAGAAAGCUCCCCCUAUCUCCUUUAUCUAGCUGUAACGAUCACCCCCAGCCGAUCCAAGUCAAAAUUCUCUCUCUCUCUCUCUCUUUUCGGAUUCUGAAUUACCCAAAAUCAACCAACACCGCCUUUGUGAGUGAGCCCCAAUGGGAUGCACGCAAUCGAAGAUCGAGAACGAAGCAACGGUGGUCCGAUGCAAAGAACGAAAGCAGUUCAUGAAUGAAGCAGUGUUGGCUCGUAACGCCUUCUCUGAUGCUCACUUCGACUACACCAUCUCCCUCAAGAACACCGGUGCCGCCCUCAGCGACUACGCCCACGGCGAAGUCCGAAAUCCCCUAGCCGCCUCCUCCUCCGCCCUCCCCCUAUCCAACUUCGAGCCCAUCCGCCCUCCUCCCCCUCCCACCACCUUCCCUCUCCAACGCGCCGCCAGCAUGCCCGAAAUCUCCACCCACAAGUCCCACCCCAAGCUCUCCGAUUCCAUAAUUGAGGAAGACGACGAAGAAGAAAUCGACAAUGAAGAGACUCACAGCUUGAAACACAGAACUUCUCGCAAUAGGGGCGGCGGUGGUGCCAAAAAGGUGGGAGGUGAGGGUUUAGCUCCGCCGCCGCAGACUGAUCCGGAGGCGCCACCGCCUCCGCUUCCGCCGCUGACUGAUCCGGAGGUGGCGCCGCCUCCGCUGCAGCAGCGGACUGAUCCGGAGUUGGUGCCGCCUCCGCCGCCGCCGGAGUCGAAAGGCAUGACUUGGGAUUUUUUCUUUUCGCCCAUGGAGAACGUACCUGGACCGAGCUUGGCGGAGGUUGAUGAGGGUAGGGUUGAGAGGGAAGAGAUUGAGAGGAAGAUGUUUGACGAAAGGUCUAAAAGAGUUGAGGUUGUUGAUGGCGAUGGUGAUGGUGGAGUGAAGAGGAGUGUGAAGAAGGCUGAGGCUCAUGUUGAGGUUGAGGUGGAGGUUGAGGCUGAGGCUGCUGAGGUGGUGGCGGAGAAGGUGGCUGAGCCACCACCUCAGCCGCCGACAAAUGCUGUGAAGAAAGGGAAGAAAGUGGCUCCCACAGAGGGUAAGAGAGGAGGGAAGAGUGCAGCGAGCGUUAAUUUGCUGAAGAUAUUUGGCGAGCUUGAUGAAUGUUUUCUAGAGGCAUCAAAGUGUGCUCAUGAGGUUUCGAGGCUGCUUGAAGCAAAUCGGUUGCAUUACCAUUCCAAUUUUGUGGAUAAUCAAGGACAUACUGAUCAUUCUGCAAGGGUCAUGCGAGUCAUUACUUGGAAUAGCAAUAGAUCUUUCAAAGGUUUACCCAAUGCUGACAAGGGGAUGAAUGACGUUGAUUCAGAAGAGCAUGAAACACAUGCAACGGUGCUGGAUAAGAUACUAGCGUGGGAGAAAAAGCUUUAUGAUGAAGUGAAGAUUGGAGAGCAGAUUAAGCUUGAGUAUCAGAAAAAAGUUGCUUCACUAGAUAAGCUAAAGAAACGUGCUACCAAUAUUGAAGCAAUGGAGAAAACAAAAGCAGCAGUAAGUCAUCUGCAUACAAAAUACACUAUCGACAUGCAAUCCAUUGAAUCAACUGUGUCAGAAAUAAAUCGUUUACGAGAUGAGCAAUUGUACCCAAAACUUGUUGCACUUGCUGGUGGGAUGGCUUCAAUGUGGGAGACCAUGCGAAUACAGCAUGAGAAGCAGUCGCAGAUUGUGAUAGGAUUAAAGUUGUUGGACAUCUCGCAAUCACCCAACGAGACAAGCGAGCACCAUCAUGAACGGACAGUCCAGCUGUGGGCUGUUGUCCAGGAAUGGCAUUCACAAUUUACAAAACUCGUGACCUAUCAGAAGGAGUACAUAAAAUCUCUCUACAAUUGGUUGAAACUGAAUCUUGUUCCAAUAGACAUCGACUUAAAGGGAGAAAAGUAUCCAUUCCACAUCACUUCUUUCCGAUCAUAG